ACCCCAAUUGAGUUUCUUACCAAAUCUUCUUCCAACACUUUUUUUUUUCUUUCUUUUUUCCUGUGAAUGAACAACCUUCUUUAAGUUCAAAAACAAUACAUUCUUUAGCUUUCUUUUUCCUUUAUGAUGCCAGCUUGUAUUUAAUUAAUCUGAAAAUAUCCUUCGGCUCCGAGGAGAUAUUGAAACAUUACCUGGCAUUGUCAAUAAAUGAAAGAGAAAGAUGGAAAGAUACCACAUUUUAUGAUUGUUUUCGAACCUGAGAAGGUUUGUUGGGAAAAUCAAAAGGAGGGGUGUGGAAGGAGAUGAGAUUAUUGGCCUGUUGCACAAUGCAGCGCAGCACCACAAUGAGGAAGGCACCUUUGAAAGCAUCUAAGAGUUCUAUCAACGACGUGAAGAUCUCCAAGAAAUAUGAUGACUCUGAUGCAUUGUCCACCAUUGUCAGAAGUGUUUCUCUGAAUACAGGCCCUAGUAAACAAAGAACAGUAGCUGAGGACAUACUUCGUUAUGGACAUGUUAAAGUUGCAGCAGAGGUAUUCACAUUUCGCGAACUCGCAGCUGCAACGGACAAUUUCAAUUCUGAACUACUGGUGGGAGAAGGAGGAUUUGGAAGGGUCUAUAUGGGACGCCUCAAGAAAACCGAUCAAGUUGUUGCAGUCAAGCAACUUGACAGGAAUGGAUUUCAAGGAAAUAGGGAGUUUCUAGCAGAAGUUCUGACACUAAGCCUUGUUCACCACCCAAACCUCGUAAAUCUCAUAGGGUAUUGUGCUGAUGGCCGCCAAAGAAUUUUGGUCUACGAGUACAUGCGUAAUGGAUCACUAGAAGAUCACCUCUUUGAUAUUCCUCCACAUAAGAAGCCUCUAGAUUGGUUUACUCGGAUGAAAAUAGCUAAAGGUGCAGCACAAGGACUUGAGUACUUGCACGACACAGCCAACCCACAAAUCAUCUAUCGCGAUCUAAAAGCAUCUAACAUCUUAUUAGAUGAUGAGUUUAAUCCUAAGCUCUCUGAUUUUGGACUUGCUAAGUUAGGUCCAACAGGAGACAAAGAUCAUGUCUCCACCAGGGUAAUGGGGACCUAUGGCUACUGUGCUCCAGAGUAUGCAAUGACAGGCCAACUGACGACGAAAUCUGACAUCUAUAGUUUUGGGGUGGUCUUGUUGGAGAUCAUCACAGGAAGGAGAGCCAUCGAUAAUACAAGGCCUACAGCAGAGCAGAACCUGAUUUCUUGGGCAAAACCUUAUUUUAAAGACAGAAGACAAUUUACAUUCCUGGCUGACCCUUUGCUGGAAGGGGAUUACCCUGUAAAGUGUCUUCAUCAAGCUGUUGCUGUUGCGGCUAUGUGCCUCCAAGAUGAAGCUAGCACCAGGCCUUUCAUUGGCGAUGUUGUUACUGCUCUCGAGUAUCUAGCCAUGAGCACAGAUGAAAGCUUCAGCGACGAAGAAGAAGCGAUAGAUUUUCAGUAGACAUAGAAAAUCAUUUGCUGACACUCGUAGAGUCAGAAAAUUAAAUGAGGCCAUAGACAUUCCUUUGAUCCUGAAUAUAGGAACAGCAGCUGAUGAAAGUUAUAUGAGAAGGUAUCCUUAAUUGACCUAUCCCAUUUUGCAUUUGACAGGAAGAAAAAAGGAAAAAGAGAGAAACAGGAAGAAGAAAAGUGGUAAUUGACGACUUUUGGGAAGUCACAAGUUGUAUAGUACCCUCAAAGGAGGGGGUUAAGAGUGUUUCUCCAUUGAGAGACAAAGUAUUAAACAGUUCCCUGUUAUGAAGUCUGUAGGUUAUCAUCUUAUCUGUCAAAAGAUUAGCUAAUGGUUGCUCCAUUUGCAUUGAUUCUUCAGUAUCCUCAUUAGAUAUAAGCACAUGUACCUCAGUACAUUGACAUUUGAACAUUAAAAAGCACAUUUUCUUGAAUCUUCCAUCUGCAACCUAUAUCUGUUACUUCACAAAGGAAUCCGAACUGGUAAGUUUCUAAAUUCAAUGCAGCAUAAUGUGCCUGCUACAGAACCUUAUACAUGACCACUUAAACACCUGAA